AAUCCCACAGACAGAAUCACAGAACCGGAGAGAAAUAGAGAGAGAGAUAGAUAGAGAGAGAGAGAGAGAGAGAGAGAGAGAAGAGAUUGACCGCCAUUGAAGCACUGCUUCUUAUAUCUAAUUCGCAAGAAAAUUCCCCAAACAUAUUCCCCAUUAUCCAAUCUCGACCGUUUUCCUGAACCGAACGAUCCGGUUCAACACUGUCACGGUUCAACACUGGUCAAAUUAAGAUAAUUGGAGGUGUAACCGGUUCAAUUGGAUUUUCUCCUUUGUGUUUACUUCGCUCAAUGGAGCAAACUACGGGAGGAUUGCGCGGAUCCGUUCACGACGGUAUCACAUUCGAGUCCAUUCAAUUCAACGAAGAAAUCCAAGGAAUCAUGGCGCCGGCGCCGGCGCCGGAAAACGCCAGCUCAUUCACCGCGCUGCUUGAGCUCCCGCCGACGCAGGCCGUCGAGCUCCUUCACGCGCCGGAUUCCGACGCUCGGAAACCGCCUAGUUGCCACGUCGGCAUGAAUCAGAAACCCUAUCUGCUCAACUCUUUCAGUGGCAAUUUGACUUUCCCUUCCAACGCCGCCUUAAUCGAACGCGCCGCCAAAUUCUCCGUGUUCGCCGGCGAUAACUCUCCGCCGCCGGGGGAGGCGCUCUUGGUCCCCGCCGGGUCCGGUUCGAAUUUGGAUAAGGUGAAGAACGAGCCGCAAGAGACUGAUUCGAACCCCUGCUCGACUCAGGGGUGCGUUUCGGAUCCCGCGGUUGAGAACAAGAAUCAGAGGACCGCGAAGAGAAAAGAGAGAGAGAAGAAGGUGAAAGGGUCGUCGAAGAAGAGUAAGAGCGUCGCCGAUGAGUCCUCCGGUGACGGCGAGAAGCUUCCUUACGUCCAUGUUCGAGUUCGUCGAGGUCAAGCCACAGACAGCCAUAGCUUGGCAGAAAGGGCUAGGAGAGAGAAGAUCAAUGCUCGCAUGAAGCUUUUGCAAGAGCUGGUCCCAGGCUGCGACAAGAUAUCAGGAACGGCAUUGGUUCUGGAUGAAAUAAUCAAUCAUGUGCAAUCUCUACAGCGUCAAGUGGAGAUCUUAUCAAUGAAACUGGCAGCAGUUAACCCAAGAAUUGAUUUCAGCCUUGACAGCUUAUUGGCCACUGAUGGGGCAUCUCUAAUGGACAGUAACUUACCUAGCAUGGUUACACCUCCCAUGUGGCCAGAAAUCCCACUCAAUGGUAACCGACAGCAUUAUCAACAACAGUGGCAAUUCGACACAUUUCACCAACCACUAUGGGCGAGAGAAGACGACAACCAUAAUUUCAUGACUCCAGAAAACUCACUUUUAAGUUAUGACUCGUCGGCAAACUCAGGUGGGGAUUAGAAUUGUUUUCGGUAUUUUGAUGGGAUAUUGUCAUAACGGAAAUCAUAUGGGAAUCUUGGAUGGAUGCUCACUCAUAAGUAAUAAAUGGAGGAUUCCAGUCUGUUAAUUGAAGUUACAUAUUGGUGGAAAGGAAUUAAUUCAAAUACUAAUUACAGAACAUCUCUGCACUCAAAUCAAUUGAAGAUGGAACUGUGAAAGCGUACAGAAGUCGAACCAGUAGCUAUCAGCCCAGUAGUGUAUAUAUCAAAUAUAGUAUUCGCAGCUAGCAGUGAUUUGAGCGGUCUCAACAUUUAGCAGGGUUUCCAUGUCUUCUAUUUGUCAGAGUCAGUUGGAAACCUGUAUUUUCUUCGACCAGAAAGGUAGAAGAAUUGGUAUGCUAUCCUUAUAUAAUAUUAUUAUUACUAUGUAUACUAACUAUAGGGGUCAUUCAAUCCAUGAGGUGAUUGAUUUAAGAUUGUAAAAUCAUAGAACGGACUGUUACUGAACUAUCAUGGGAGUGAGUUACUUUUUUUAUUGAAUGCUACUUAGAUGAUUGGCUUUU